UGCUGAGCGACCUUGAAAAGAUUUAGAAUAUAUACCCGACAUGACAUCAGAUGCCAGUGGUUUUGAUAUAAUUAUUGGCUCGUCGGCUGGUUUUGUAAAAGAAAUUUCGAUUAGCAAUCACACUUUAUCUCCAGCUUCGCUAAUUAAGAAUGAAAACAUUAGUACAAUGUGCUGGUGUGGCGCAUUUGAAUCUGAAGUUUGUUAAUUUCCGUAUGUUAUUUAGCGCUUAUUGGUUCUUUUCGGGUGCCGUUCUGGAAAGCUUUAUAGUUUAGACACCAAGAGCCACUCAGUUAGUCCUGUCGAGAAAUUCUCAAAGUUUCAAGAAGAUUCUGUUGUUUCUCUGCAGUCAAAUGACAACUCAUUCAUCAGGAGACAUUAGAGUUUUUUCCCGUGACUUUACGUCAGAGAAAUUUCAGCUAAAUGCAUCAGGAUUGAUUUGCUCAGCAAAAUUAGCGGCAAACCAAAUUGUUGUCGGGGGAAAAGAAUUAGCCUUGCGAGUGUGGGAUAUAAACAACCACAGUUCGCCAAUUUUCACUGCUAAAAACGUCCGCUCUUCUGUACUGGAACUUUCUGUCCCCAUAUGGAUUGCCGAUAUUAGCGUUGUACCUAAGUCUAAUGGAAAGCUCAUAUUAACUGCCUCGAGGUAUGGCGAGCUGGACAUAUACGACCUUCGAUGUGGCCAACGUCGACCUGUUGCUCGUCAUGCUUGGCGUACAAGUCGCAAACAUGGAAAACUCCAUGUUGGUUCCGGAAAGCACAGUGCAGUGCUUCCGGAUUUGACCACUACUAGACCAAUCACAAAAGCAGUAGCUUACGAUAACUCUCCAGGCAUAGGAUUACGUGUUGUUGCUGGGAACGCAGUUGGUGAAUUAUCUGUUUUGGAUUUAAGACUCCCUCCGGAAUAUUCUAAUUUGAAUUCCUCCGAUGGCCCUGGUGUUAUACCAGUUAGAAGCUACGGAUCUCGAGCACCUGACCCACCUUCUGGUGUUCGAUGUCUUGCUGGAGCUUCAGGUUGUAUAACGCAUUUAAUAUGUAGUGGAACUGAUGAAGAAAAUACAUUUCCGUUCAUGGAAGCAGCUGUAAAUAGUGAACCAAUCAUUGUAGCAUCUUCGCUAGAUCGGUAUUUGCGAAUUUAUAAUCGCGAUACUGGAAAGCGUCUUGGAAAGAUAUAUGUUAAAGUCCCUGUAACAUCAUUUCUUGUCCGUAGAAAUGCAAGCUUUGCGAAUAUUGAGAACUUUUUAAAGAAAGACAAUGAUAUUAGUGUUUCAAACGAAGAAGAAAAAGUUGAAAGUUCUUACGGCAUAUCUAAGACAGAACAAAAAGAAUUUGAAGACUUGUGGAAUCAAAUACCAGUUGUCGACAACGAUAAUGACGGUGUUAAUGAAGGCGGUAAAAGGACUACUGGGCUUAAAAUUGGUAAACGGAGGCGCAAGAAGUAGAGAAUAGUUGAUACAGUGUUGUGUAAUAUUUUGUGUAUAAAAUAUUAAAAAGCAAAACUAAAAAAGGACUUCUUAUUUAACACCAGCUAAAUAUUACAGAUGGACUAUCAAUAACCUUAAUUGUAACACUUUGUUCCAGGACUAAAAUAAUUUUGUCCCAGUUAGAUCGUUUUAAAUAUUAAAACUCGGUUCACC